ACAGAAAGGAGAUAAAAUCAUAAAAGGUGGUUUGUGCAAUAUUUGUGCUGAAAAUGACAGAAAGUCUAAACAAGAAAAAAAGCUCAAAAACAAGUCGACAGAUGAAGCUAUUUUUUCUUUUCCUUCAAAUGAAAAAACGUUAGCAAAUGAAGAUAGCAGCGAGAGCAGUGAUGAUGAACUUAUCUAUGAGGCAUGUGAUUUUGAGGAGUUUGUAGCCAGUAAAUUUAGAGAUGAUAAAGACAUUGUCGAAUUCUUCAUAAUGGUAGAAAUUAAAAGAGAGCUGGUUAAUAGUGAAAAUCUAUCUUUGGAAUCUGAUCCUGAGGAAGCUAUAAAAUUUCAUAGAAUC